UCGUAACAAAGCGGGUGGGUGGGGGGUCGCUCAUUCCUUUCUUUCUUCGUCUCCGGCUGCUUCUUUAAUUGCUAAACCCCUAAGAUAGAGAAAAAGGGUUUAAGACAAAGCAAGUAAAAAUGUGGAAGAAGGUCAUAAGCUCCGCACUCCAGAGCCACCCAUGGCGGUUGCUACCAACCAGGAGCUCAACCAGCGUUUCCUCCGCUGUCAACUCCAUGCUUCUCCGAUCCCUCAAAGAACACUAUCUCGAAGUCUCCAAAAUGAGCCCUCCCCCUAAAGUGAAUCCUCCGUCGUCGUUCAAGAUCAUUAAGGCAGCGUUGGAUGGGAACGGUCCGGUCCUGAGGAAAAAGUAUGGCGAAGAGGAGAUUAGUAUAUCUGUAAUGAGAAUGGCCAACAUUAUCCCCCGUGCCGAUAAAGACGAUGGCGGUGACCUUGACGACGAAGAUAUCAACCAGUUGUUUAUUCACGUCGACAUUUCGAAGCCCGGACAGUCGGAUUCUCUGCAUUUUCUUUGUGGGUUGUAUCCCGAUGCUUUGGGGAUUCACUCUGUAUCCAUGAGAUCCAAGGACGAGAAUUUUGCUUCAGUUUCUCUUACAGUUCCUUCCACAUACAACGGCCCUGUUUUCGAAGACAUUGAUGAGAGGAUGAGAGAUUCUUUCCAUGACUACAUAGAGGAGCGAGGUGUGAAUGAUAGUCUCUUUCAAUUUCUUCAAGCAUGGCUCUAUGUAAAAGAUCACAGAAACCUUAUGCGGUGGUUCAAAUCAGUGGGUACAUUCAUAAGCGAAAACAAGUCAACUAAAGAAGCUUAAUUUCAUAAGGUAGUUUAGAAUAUAGGUGUUUCAAUCAAUUGUUAUACUAGAUUCCUUGAUACUCAAUGGCGCCGCUUCAAUUUGGUUGCUGGUGAGUAUAGGUUUCUUUACUUGUUGCAGUUUUUAUGUGGCAGUAAUGCAGACACAACAAGCUAAUACUUGUUGGCCAUCAGUCUUUGUUAUGAAAAUUCAGACAACCAUUUGACAUUUUGUCUAUGCAGAACAUUCCUGUAAUGGAGGCGAGUUAUUAUCA